GGGGCGGUCGAACUACAAGCCAUUUUAGGGACGGUGUUAGUUUCACCAGAGCGCACACACACACAUACACACACACUCUCUCUCACACACACACACACACACACACACUGCUGCAUUUUUCACUCGGGGUGAAGCGGUUAUUUUGGAGGCAAAGUUAUCGGUGCCGAAGCGCGAGUCCGCCACAGCCGAACCGGGAGUGCCGGUCCCCCCACACCCCUCCUACGAAGCCGCGGAUCGGACACGCCGGCGGCGCGCAGGGCGGCGACGAGAAGAGGAGUUUUAUUCGCACAUCUGAAAUUGCGCUCCGGUGCGCCGUGCGCCUCUCCGCCACUGACAGCGUCUGCAGCCUGCUUCAAGAUGGCGGCUCGGCUCCUAUUCAUUUUCUGCUGAUCGCCUGCCCAACUUUCAUUGUCUAUCCGCGUCGAGACCCGCCGACUCCCCGGCUCAGCGUCCAGGCAGGAUUGUUGAUCUCCCCGCUCUCAACAUGCAUCGGACGACAAGGAUAAAGAUUACCGAGCUCAAUCCGCAUCUCAUGUGCGUCCUGUGCGGAGGGUAUUUCAUAGACGCAACGACCAUCAUCGAAUGCCUUCACUCGUUUUGCAAGAUGUGCAUCGUGCGCUACCUGGAAGCCAGCAAAUACUGUCCCAUCUGUGAUGUGCAAGUGCAUAAAACGAAGCCUUUGCUCAACAUUAGGUCUGACAAAACUCUACAGGACAUUGUGUACAAGCUGGUCCCCGGCCUCUUCAAAAGUGAAAUGAAGCGGCGGAGAGACUUUUAUGCGGAGCACCCUGUAGAUGCCUCCAAUGGAUCAAAUGAGGAUCGUGGAGAGGUGGCAGACGAGGACAAGAGGAUUAUUACGGAUGAUGAGAUCAUCAGCCUCUCUAUCGAGUUCUUUGACCACAGCAGACUGGAAGCUUCCAUGGAGGACAAGCAGUCUAAAGAUCUUAACUUGGUGGCUAACAAAAGGUACCUGCAGUGUCCAGCAGCCAUGACCAUCAUGCAUCUGAGGAAGUUUCUGCGAAGCAAAAUGGACAUCCCAAAUGCCUACCAGGUUGAAGUCAUGUAUGAAGACGAACCGCUGAAAGAUUACUACACUUUAAUGGAUAUAGCAUAUAUCUACACAUGGAGAAGAAACGGCCCGUUGCCUCUAAAGUACCGAGUCCGACCCAACUGUAAGAAGAUGAAGGUGAGCCACGCGCAGCAGGAGGGCCAAAGCAGCGCCAGCAGGUCCGGUCCCGAGAGCGACUCCGCCAGCGACAAAGCCGGAAGUCCCGCCGGGGCUCCGUCCACCUCCUCGUCGCUGCCGAGCCCCGGCACGCCCGCGAGGUCCCCGCAACUCCCGCACGGCCCCGUUAAAGUCAACGGGACACCGGCCGUCGCCUCCUCCUCUUCCUCCUCCUCCACCGCAGCCGCCGCCGUCGCCACCAACACGACGACCACCACCGCCGCCGCCGCCGCCACCACCGCGCCCCCUCCGACCCCCAGUCGGUCGUUCACUCCGUUCGGAGGCGGCGGCGGCGGCGGCAACAAGGCCCGGAAGGUUUCACUGAACGGCUCGUCGACGUCCUCCGGAUGAGGCGAGCCGCCGACGCCGGACGCCCCGCUCCGCCGACCGGCCUGCUGCGCUCAUGCCAACGUAGUUCCAUUGUGUAGGCGAUGUUGUCUCUGUCUCUGUCUGUCUCUCGCUCCCCAUUCGUUGUUCUAAAUAUUAUGGCAUCACAUGUACGUUUAAACGUAGUGGAAUCGGAGGCAUUUCAAAAGGAACGAGGAAGUUCUGGGGCGGCGGGGGAUUUCUGUUGAUAGAAUAUGAAAGGAGAUGUUGCUGUUGACAUGUAAAAACAAAACAAAAACAACAACAACCGAAAAGCAAGUUGGAAAAGAGAAGGACAAGCAUUUAUCCAAUUUUAAAGCUACAUCUUUAUUCUAAGUGACUGGAGAUAUACUUAUAUUUUCUUCAUUCGUUCAGAUUCAACGUGUUUAUCAUGAAUUAUUUCAUGUGUGUUGGGAUAUUUUGAAACAUUCUGUUUAAGCAUGCAUGCUCAUGAUAACACUGUUGUUGUUUUUUUGUAUAAAAGAGAAUUCUGCGUGUUUCCCUCAGAAGUCUCGUUUUUUAAAAUAAGGUUGUUUCAGAGGCUGAUCCCGUUCCAGCCAAGCGAACAUGUACGUUCGUGCGGCGCUGUUGGCUUCAUGGAAAACAUGGAGGGGGGGGGGGGGGAGAUAUAAUUGCCUUUUACUGAAAAAAAGAAACAAAAGAUAUCAGUUUUCUGUAGCUGCAGUGGAAUCGGAUCGCUUAGCCAAGACGUCUUAAGCAGUUUUAGAGAAUCCACGUGUAAAUAUAAACAAAGUGCAUAUUUAAUCAGCGAUUAUGUUAUUCUCUUAUCCCCCCCCCCCCCUUUUUUGUUGUUGUUGUGAGGGAAUGAUGGCAGAUGUUUUGAUGUCCCCCGUGUUUUCCGUAUUUGUAUCGCUCGAUUGUAUGGACAACCUAUUGUAUUGUUACUGUUGCACAGUAUAAAACAUCUAAAUAAAAACAUUUUACACUUAC